GCGGGCGCGGGCGCGGGCGGACCCCGGCCAGGGCUGCGCAAAAUGUACCGCGGCUGCCCCGGAGAGGAGCGGCGUGCGCGCUGAGCCAGAGCCAUGAGCCACCGGAUCCUGCUGCUCCUGGCCGCGCUGACGCUAGGCCUGACCAUCUCCCAACACCAAGACAAGGGGUCCUCCUGUAAGACGGUGGACAAGGAGGCCUUGUGCCAGGGCCUUGGUCUGCUCCAGGUCCCCUCAACACUCCCCUUGGACAUCAAGACCCUCGACCUAUCGGGAAACCAGUUGCAGAGUGUCCUGACUUCCCCUCUGGGUGUCUAUGUCGCUCUGCGUCACCUGGAUCUAAGUAGCAACGAGAUCAGCGUCCUCCAGCCCCAAGUCCUGCAGGCCCUGCCUCACCUCGAGCACCUCAACCUGGCUCACAACCGCCUGGCGGUAGGCACCGCACUCAGUGCUGGUGGCCUGGGCUACCUGCCACACGUAAUCUCCCUGGACUUAUCUGGCAACAGUCUAUACAGCGGCCUGGUGGAGAGGCUGCUGGGGGAGGCCCCCAGCCUGCGCACGCUGUCCCUGGCCGAAAACAGCCUGACCCGCCUCACCCGCCACACCUUCCGGGGCAUGCCUGACCUGGAGCGGCUGGACCUCCACAGCAAUGUGCUGAUGGAUAUCGAGGAUGGCACCUUUGAGACCCUACCCCGCCUGGCCCACCUCAAUCUCUCCAGGAACUCCCUCACCUGUAUCUCAGACUUCAGCCUCCAGCAGCUGCGGGUGCUGGACCUGAGCCGAAACAGCAUCGAGGCCUUCCAGACAGCCUCCGAGCCCCCGGCUGAGCUCCAGCUCACCUGGCUGGACUUGCGAGAGAACAAAUUGCUCCACUUCCCUGACCUGACCUCACUCCCUAAACUCAUCUACCUGAACGUGUCCAACAACCUCAUCCGGCUCCCAGCGGGGCAGCCCCAGGGCAAGGAGGACCUCCAGGCACCAUCUGAGGGCUGGUCAGCAGUGCCCCUCUCCAAUCCCAGCUGGAACGCCAGUACUCAUUCCCUCUCCCAACUCUUAAACCUGGAUUUGAGCUACAAUGAGAUCGAGCUCAUCCCUGACAGCUUUCUGGAGCAUCUGACCUCCUUACGAUUCCUAAACCUUAGUCGAAACUGCCUGCGGGCUUUUGCGGCCCGGCAUGCUGGCACACUGCCUUGCCUGCUACUCUUGGACUUAAGCCACAAUGCCCUGGUGGCACUAGAGAUGGGCACCAGAGUCCUGGGGUCCUUGCGGACCCUGCUCCUACAGGGCAAUGCUUUGCAGGACCUGCUGCCACACACCUUCACCAGCCUGGCCAGCCUGCAGAGGCUCAACCUGCAGGGAAACCGGAUCACCCCCUGUGGGGGCCCCACUGAGCCCCACUCCCCCCACAGCUGUGUGACCUUCUCUGGCAUCCCUACCCUCUGCGUUCUGAACAUGGUGGGCAAUGAGAUAGAGACUCUCCCCCCAGGUGCCUUCCUCCACACCCCACUUACAGAGCUGGACCUCUCUGCCAACCCUGGUCUGGAUGUGUCGGCUGGUGCCUUGGCAGGCCUGGAGGCCUCUUUGGAGGUGCUGGCCCUUCAGGGCAACGGGCUGACCGUCCUGCAGGUGGACCUGCCCUGCUUCCGCUGCCUCAAGCGGCUCAAUUUGGCUGAGAACCACCUCAGCCAACUGCCUGCCUGGACGCAGGCUGUGUCCCUAGAGGUGCUGGACCUGCGGAACAACAGUUUCAGCCUCCUGCCAGGCAGUGCCAUGGGCGGCCUAGAGACCAGCCUUCGCCGCCUUUACCUGCAGGGAAACCCACUCAGUUGCUGUGGCAAUGGCUGGCUGGCGGCUCAACUGCACCAGGGCCGCGUGGACGUGGAUGCCACCCAGGACCUGACCUGCCGUUUUGGCUCCCAGGCCCAGGUGGCUCUGAGCCACGUGCGUCCUGAAGACUGUGACCAGGGGGGACUCAAGAAUGUCAACCUCAUCAUCAUCCUCACCUUCACGCUGGUCGCUGCCAUCCUCCUCACCACACUUGCUACCUGUUGCUGUAUCCGCCGGCAGAAGUUUAACCAACAAUACAAAGCCUAAUGGAGCCAGAAGCACAGAGAUGGCGGUGGUUGAGAGAACCCUGCUCUCUUAACCCCCCAGCCAAGAGUUCCUUUCUCUGUACCUUCCUGCAUUCUCAGGGGACCCCCUCCCAGGCUGCACAUGGGGUCAGCUAUGGCAACCAGAAGUUGCACAGGUGGUAGAGAAUCAUCUUGACUCAUCAGUUCAACAAAUCUUUACCAAGCAUCCACAGGCCACCCUCUGGUGGAUGGUGGACAGGUGGCUAUCUGUGGAGCAGGCAGUGACCACACAGUGCGCUGAGGCCAGAGGUGGGGGAAGCUCCAGGCUCUAAGGCUCUGCAGCCCCAGCCUGUUCAAUAUGGAGAGCUCUGCCCUGGCCAUGGCACAGAAAGGGAGGGCCAAGCCCAAGGGGAUUUGUCUGAGACAUUUCCACACAGCCUGUUUGUCAUAUUUUCUGAUAAUGACUUUCAGCCUUUCUGGAAAAAAAGAAAAAAACCGAAGAGCUCGUGACCGGAAGAGAGACACCAGAGCCUCAUGAGUUGUCUUGGAUUCAGUACUUCUGGGAAGGCUGGUUAAGAGGUGGUCAUCCUGAGCUCUGGCCAUAUUGGGCUAUUCCAUUUCCUGUUUUGUAGGCAGGCCUUAACCUCCCUGGCACUCUCCUGUUGCACACCAUUCCCCCCGCCAUUCCUGCCUGGAAUCUCCACCCCUCGCCAAAACCCUUUCUCCAGGCCAGCCCCGCCCUGGCUGCUGAGCCAAGAGAGCUGUAGAUCUCUGGCUCUGAUUUGCAGCUGGAAACACACAGCCAAGCCUUGUGUCUGCUUCUGUGUGACCACUCUCAAAAGUUGGUGGGGUUUGCCCCCCCCCCAAUUGUAUAAAAGAAGAAAACAAGUUUUUCAGAAGUCUCUCUAGAGAGUUUCCUAGCUACGAUCUGUCACAUUGAGAGUCACACAUCCUUCUGUCUCCAGAGCCUAAGCAUUGCUACUGCAGGGGUGCAGUGACCUUCUCUGGCAUUCCCACCCUCCACACUGUUUGGAGGACAGGAAGUGGCCCUAUUUCCAGGGGCCUGACCAGGGUCUAAGCAGAGAAGACAGCUCUGCACACAUUAUGCUCCUUCUUUCUUGCCUUAUGUUUCCUUCUUUCCAUCCUUUGCAGACUGGUGUGGGUCCUGCCUUUACAUUCUCUUUCCCUCUCCUUCCAUUGAGCCUAGCUUGGAGUUUGUGUCCAUGGAGUGCAGAGAAGGAAAUAAGGCUUAGAAAGAGAAUGGUACUUGCACAGAGCUACACAUGUCAAUGGCAGAACCUAUAGAGAAUGAAACAGCUGGGGAUGUGGUUGAGUAUUUGCCAAGGUCCUGGGUUCAAGGCCAGAAGUAGAUACCUGUGCUUUCCUUUGAUCUCAGCUGUUACAUCACAAAAUAAUACCAGCUCCAAACAUUCUUUUCAUUUCUCAUCUUGCAGGGGUUUUCCCCUCUAGGAAAAUGAUUAGAAAGACCUACUCAUAAAAUCCCUGUCACUCACACCCUGCAGUUACAAAAAAGGGAAGCAGUAGGAACCAGUCUGUGUCCCUGUGUCAUUGUCUUCAUUAUUUUGGUUGUGCCUAGUCUAGGUCUACACAUGUACUUGGUAACAAGUGAGAAACAGAGAUGCUAUUCAUUCCCGUUUCACAGAUGAGAAAACUGAGGAGAGAAAGGAUGAUAGGAUCAGAGAGUGGAUGGGCAGAGCCAGAGCUAGGCUCUGGCUGGGGAAAUCAGGUGGAUUUAGUCCAGGCUGGGGUCAGGUGCUACCACACACAGCACUCUCCGCAGGCCUAGAGGUCAACACACUGGGCCCUGUGCCUGACUUUUGAAAACACUACACUAUGCUGCUGUCACCUCCCAGGAGCCCUGGGACCAGCUCUUUGUAUACCACAUGAAUGUAUUAAAGUAUAAUUUUGGAGAAA